AUGUGCCUUGUUCGACAUUUGAAACAGCUGCAGCCGCAGGGUUUGAACCUGCAGCAGUUCGUGUGGGUACAGCCAGGUCACUCCAUCAGUUCUCAGAUUCAGCCGCAGUUGAUCAUAUCACCGUCACCUCAGGGUCAGACAGGUCUCCUGCAAGCUCAAAAUCUCCUGACUCAACUAUCUCAAAGCCAAGCUAACCUCCUGCCAACUCAGACCAGCAUCAUCCUCACCACACAGGCGGCCACACCGACGAGCAAGAUUGCAGCCAUGCCGGCUCCAGCGGCGGCCACUCCAAAGUGCAUGGACGCGCCGUGUGUGGAGGAGGCCAGUGACCUCGAGGAGCUUGAGCAGUUCGCAAAGAACUUCAAACAGAGGCGCAUCAAGCUGGGCUUCACUCAGGGUGACGUGGGGUUGGCGAUGGGGAAACUCUAUGGGAACGACUUCAGCCAGACCACCAUUUCCAGAUUUGAGGCCUUGAACCUGAGCUUCAAGAACAUGUGCAAACUCAAACCUCUACUGGAGAAAUGGCUCAAUGAUGCAGAGAACAUGUCUGCUGAUUGUGUGGUGUCGAGUCAGAAUGAAAUGUCCCCGGGUCUCUGUGAGAGUCUGAACCGGCGGCGUAAGAAGCGGACAAGCAUUGAAACCAGCAUCCGUCUGGCCUUAGAGAAGAGCUUCCUGGAGCAGAGUCAAAAGCCGUCAUCAGAGGAGAUCACGCUGAUUGCGGAUCAGCUCAACAUGGAGAAGGAGGUGGUACGCGUUUGGUUCUGUAACCGCAGACUAGGACAGAAAGAGAAGCGGAUCAAUCCUCCCAGCAUCGGUGGCGGAUCGCCUGGAUCAGCCAUCAAAACCAUCUACAGCAGCGCCACCACAGCGGUGUCCAGCGACACAAACACACUGACGGUCAAUUCUGUGGUUUCUCUGAACAACAGCAGCAUCUCAAACCUCACACUCAGUGGUGGAGCUCUAGGUCAGGUGAUAUCUAACCCACCAUCUGUCAUCUCCAUGGCUCCUGCUGUGGCCACGGCUGCUCCUGCCGUGAUGUCACACUUGCUCAGCCUGUCCGCCACCACCAUAAAGCAGGAAGUGGCCGCUGCCGCGCAGCCAGUUUCCACAGCAACAACGGCCACACAGGGGGCAGGGCAGCUGCUGGUGGCAGGUACAGGACUGGGUGGUGCUAAUCUGACUGCUGUCACGGGCUUGAACCCAACAGUCAUAACGCCGUCACAGCUGACACAAGGUGGGGCGCUGUUGAGUUUGGCUCCUGCUCUGGGAAACGCUUUUGGUCCUGCGCUGAUGAACAACAAUGCACUGGCCACCAUCCAGGGUUACGUGAACCUCAGAGUGGCUCCGUUCACAAUAGAUGCUGGACCACACAAACAGUUAUCAUUUACUGCUUAUUAUCAUGCGGACGGUCUCAAACUCCAUCUUUCCAUAUGCUGAGUUUUGAGUUGCUUAUAAAGUUCAUCUGGGAAAAAUGUGCACCAUUCUAUCAGAUUUAUAAGCUCUGGCAUCGGGAGGCGCUCUGCCUCUGACCUCCUUCGAUGGAAACACCGGCCUGC